GAGCAGGUACAUCAGAGGAAGAGGAGGAGAUACAUCUGAGGAAGAGGAGGAGGUACAUCAGAGGAAGAGGAGGUACAUCUGAGGAACAGGAGGAGGAAGGGUGGAUGUGACUCAGCCGACAACAUGAUGCCGAUAUUUCUCACCGUGUUCCUCAGCAACAAUGACCAGCACUUCACCGAGGUUCCCAUCACGCCGGAGACGCUGUGCCGAGACGUGUUGGAGCUCUGCAAGGAGCCCGGCGAGGCCGACUGCUACCUGGCUGAGAUGUGGAGAAGCUCAGAGCGUGUCGUUGGAGAAUCGGAGCAGAUGAUGGAGGUGUUGCAGCGGUGGGGGCAGCAGAGGGGGGAGGUCCGUUACCUCCUCCACCAUCAGAGAGCUCCGGGACCAGAGUCCGAUCGAUCCAGAACGUCAGAGCAGAAGGUGAAGAGGAACCAGGGGAAGGCUGCUGCAUGUCUGGAGAACGGGGUCUCAGCUCCUCGUCUGGAUGUGACCUUCAGUGAACUUCAGGAUCUGGCGACUCAACAGCAGCAGCUGCUGGCCUCCAAAGAGCAGCAGCUGCGCUUCCUGAAGCUGCAGGAUCAGCGGCAGCAGCAGCAGGAGGCGUCUGAACAGGAGCGACUUCAGCAGCUCAGAGACAACGCUCACAACCAGGAGGCCAAACUGAGGAGGGUCCGGGCCCUCAGGGGCCAGGUGGAGCAGAAACGCCUCAGCAACAGUAAACUCGUGGAGGAGAUCGAGCAGAUGACCGGUCUGUUCCAGCAGAAGCAGAGGGAGCUGCUGGUUGCCGUGGCGAGGCUGGAGGAGCUCAGCGACCAGCUGGAGGUGCUGAGGAGCACGCGAAAGGAGCCACCAUCUCCUCACCACCACAACACGCCCUCCUCCACCGUGGAGCUGGAGCUCCUCUGUAAAGAGCUGCAGCUGAGAAACAAGCUGAACCAGGAGCAAAGCUCACGGCUGCAGCAGCAGAGAGACGGCCUGAACAAGAGGAACCUGGAGGUGGUGGCCAUGGACCGCCGGCUGGGUGAGCUCAGGCAGCGGCUGUGGAAGAAGAAGGCUGCCCUGCAGCAGAAGGAGACCCUGCCAGUGGCGUCAGAAGGCUCCGCCCCUCAGCAUGGCGUGGGCUCCAGAGUAGCGGCGGUGGGGCCAUACAUUCAGUCGUCCUCCACAACAGGCUCUCAGGGGCCUCCUCUGCCGGCUCGCCAAGAGCUUCUGGGGAAGCCACUGUACCCAGAAGGCACAGCAACCCUGCUAAUACCCGACUCAUCCUUGAAGCCGCCUCCCAGACCCGUCAAACUGGCCGCAGGUUUCAGCUCCUCUAAAAUAACCCAACUCUCCGACUGGAAGGCCAGAGCACUUCCUGAUUCUAGUGGAGGUUACAGCCACGCCUCCACGCUGCCCCGUAUGUCCAGCCUCAGCUCCCGCAACUCCGGUGGUGAGAGGGGACUUUGUGGAUCUGAUGUCCCGCCUCCUGUCCCGUCACGGACCAAUCACAGCACUGACACCCUGCUCAGGGACAAUCAGAUCACAGCGCCACCUCCUGUUCCCAUUAAGCCCAAUCCGUUCUCUUCGUCCGGCCCACCAACCUUCUCCAAGCCCCCCUACAGCACUGGGACCUUCCCUGGUAAGGCUCGGCCGGUCGGCGGCCACCUCAGGGCUCCAGGAGUCCUCUCCAGCAACUGCAAUACACUCCCUCUGCCCAACAAGCAGGAAAGCCCUCCGGCCGCUGCCGUCCGACCUUACACCCCGGACCUCUCAGAUGCCCCCCCCCCUGUGCUGCAGAAGCCUCAGACUGUGGCUGCAUCAUCCAUCUACUCCAUGUACACCCAGCAGGCCACUCCGGGAAAGGGCUUCCAGCCAGGAGGUCAGGGCACACUGCUCCGCAGUCAGCCCCGAGUGUACGGGAAGCCAAUCCUCCCUGCCGGUGGGGGACAGCUGUCUGUCUCAUCAGACAACACUGGCCUGAAUUCUGGGGCCUGUGUGUCUGACGGGAGCGAGGCUGACAGUUGUCUGGGUAUUGGCGAAGGUGUCAGUGGAGAGACGGUAGAACGAGCCACCCCUCGACCACUCAGCCCCACCAAGCUCCUCCCCUUCCUGUCCAACCCUCACAGGAACCCCAGUGACGUGGACCUUGAGGCCCUGCGACGCCGGCUGCACCACGCACCCCGGCCCCUGAAGAAACGCAGUUCCAUCACGGAGCCCGAGGGCCCGGCCGGACCCAACAUCCAGAAGCUUCUCUACCAGAAGACCACUCUGGCUGCCAUGGAAACCAUUCCCAUGGAGACAGUCAGUCCAGCAGGGACAUAUAUUCAGCCUGAGGUACACGACUACCAGGUGGGAGGUGUGGAUGUCGAUGACAACACCGGGGCGAGCUUCAACCGACUGCUCGCUGAGAGCCCAGAGGACUCCCUGACUCCGCCCCCUCUGCCCCCUCGCUCACCCAUCACUGACUCCGCCUCCUGCUGCUCCCUGUGCCCCGCCCUUGAGGACAAGGAGGAGGAGGUGUGUCCAGCCUCAGUCCACCAUGACUACUUUCCAGAGGAGUUCCCCCCAUACCCCCCCCCACCAUACCCCAGCUGUGGGAAGACCGAGCAUGGAGACGACACCCACAACCUGCAGCCGCCGGAGGUCACAGGGCAGGUCACAGUGCCGCAGGGUAAAAGGUCUAUCCUCCGUAAAGUCGGCUCAGAGCGGAUCAAUCACACGAUGCGGGUCAAGUUCAACCCUCUGGCUCUGCUGCUGGACUGUUCUCUGGAGGGCGAGUAUGACCUUGUCCAGAGGGUCAUCUUUGACGUGGACGACCCCAGCUCGGCAAAUGACGAGGGCAUCACUGCGCUGCACAACGCCGUCUGUGCCGGCCACACCGAGAUCGUUAAGUUUCUGGUUCAGUUUGGCGUCAACGUCAACGCUGCCGACAGCGACGGCUGGACUCCGCUUCACUGCGCCGCCUCUUGUAACAAUGUUCAGGUCUGUAAAUUCCUGGUCGAGUCGGGGGCGGCCGUGUUUGCCACCACUUACAGUGACAUGCAAACAGCUGCCGACAAAUGUGAGGAAAUGGAGGACGGCUACGCCCAGUGCUCCCAGUUCCUAUAUGGCGUUCAGGAGAAGAUGGGCGUGAUGAACCGCGGCGUGGUGUACGCCCUGUGGGAGUACGAGACUCAGAGUGACGAUGAGCUUGGCUUCAGCGAGGGCAACUGCAUGACGGUGCUGAGACGGGAGGAUGAGGUGGAGACGGACUGGUGGUGGGCGAGAUGUGGCGAUGGCGAGGGAUACAUCCCCCGCAACCUGCUGGGGCUGUAUCUGAGGAUCAAACCGCGGCAGAGGAGCCUGGCGUAACCUCCGGCCGACCAAUCCUUCAGAGGAGACGAGCAGCGAGUGAAUGAUCCUCUGGACUCGUUCAGAGACGCCGUGUCAGGGGAAUGAGACAGAUGUUUUUCAAUCUGCGCUCACAUCUGCACAGUAUUACUUUUUCUCAAUUCAUUUGUUUCUCUGACGUCCCGAGAGCCUCAAAUGAAAUGAGAAAUUAUUUUGGGUUCAUUUUGUAAUAUUGUGUCUUUUGUCAAGAUUUUAUUUUCAUUUCAUUGAACAUUAAAAGAAAAGAAAACAAUCUGCAGCAAAUGUCCCAAAGGCUGAAACUGCAAAGCUCUUUUUAUGUUUUCAUUUUUUAUUUAAUAUGACGUAUAUUUAAUAUGACAUAUACAAAGGUUUAAUCUGUUGUUGGGUCUUUUACAGGAUCCUCGAGUUUCACCCAGAAUGUAAUAAAAUAGUUAAAUAAACAUUAAUUUACGGGGCCGUUUUACCAAAAACAUGUUUCUAAUGCACUGAAGGAAGAAUCAGAACCUUGACGAUGUGAGAUUUGAUUUCUACAAACACUGAUUCAUUUAUUCGUUCUGCUUCAGUUUGUUUAAGAUUAAAAUGUUGGACUUUGUUUAAUUUAUUGUUUAAUUCUUCUUCAUCAGCUAAUGUUACAAAUAUGUUUAAAUUGAUUUUUCUAUAUCAACGGUUUCUUAUUACAAAACUCAUUAUUUUACUGAUAUAUUGAAAGUUUUUCAA